GCAGGCAGACAGACAACGUGCACAUGCAGCACUCCAGCCUUCUCAUGUUGCAAUUAAUCUCCUUCAUGCAAUAUUCUAUCUAGCCAAGGAGAGGCGCUGUUAUCACAGAUGACGAACUACCUCUAUUUGGUGGAGGACUAUGUUGUAAAAUCUUUCAAUUAGUUAUAUUUCGAGAAAUAGUUCAAAUGUUGGGAGAUUUGGUCGAUUGCGCAAUUAACAACUUAACUGGAGGAUGCACCACUUCAACGACCCAAUGCCAAAGGUUAUAUUGUUGUUGAGGACAGUGCCGUUUUAUUCUCUGACUGACUGGUUAGCUGCUAGCUAGCUAGCCAACAGUUGGAGUAGCUAGCUAAUCUUAAAAAAUCACGUCUCCAACUGGCCUGCUAACCUAACUUAAUUUACGUUAAAAUGUAUUGUAAAGGAUUAUCUCGCUAGUUGAGUGUUUUUCUAUGCGUUAUUUGUUAAGCCUUUAUGCAACCAUAGGAACUGGGUUUCUGGGUAUUUUAUUAAGGUUAGCUAGUUAGCUACGAAUAGUCAGUCGCAUGCAGUAACUUGAGCCAAAAGUCUUACUUCAUCUAACAAAAAUGAGAUAGAAGGAAGACACCAAGUACAUUUCCCGCUGAUUUAGCGGCUCUGAAUUGGAUCGAAAGCUUUGUGUGUGAGGCCUGCAGGUCGGGCUUUCACCGGGCUAGAGUAGGGCCGUACGCCGCCUGUGAGCACUCUUAGGCCAGCUGCUAGGCUGGAGGCCGGGGAUUUCAAGAAAUGGAACGAAUGGAAGUGGACCAGUGCGCAGGCGCAACUACCGGGAGCGGAGGCGGGGCUCUUCGUAGAUCGAACAGCGCCCCCAUGAUCACAAGUGUCAGGUCAGUGAAAUUGAUAUUCUCUUUGAGUGAAUGCAAUUGUCUAAAUGUAAUUUAUGUUUUUCAUAUGUCUGCCUUGGAAUGACUGAGUAUUUUAUUGUAUUGUUUGUUUCUCUCCGUGUAACAGUGAUGGUAUGACAGUGUUCAGUCCAACUAGUUCAGCCCGGUAUCGGCGGAGCAGUGUCUCUGUAAACCCCAGCUGCCCUUAUCGGGUGAGUGUGUGUGUGUGUGUGUGUGUGUGUGUGUGUGUGUGUGUAUUCUGUCUCACUAAGUUGGUGUUGAAAUGCCUUCAGUGUUUUCUGAUUUGUCAAUCUCCAUGUAUUUCUGUCUGUAUCUGACUGCCUGUCUGUUAUCAUUCAGUAUUCUGUCAGGCUGACAAUAAUACCUCCAGUCUUGUUUCCACAGGCCAUCCCCCUGUCCCCUUUCUCAUUGGGUGGUGAGAGACCAGACCACAAAAGGCAGGUGAGGACAAGGUUAGGGAUAUUCUGGGCCUCUUCCCUCCAUUUGUGCCAAAUGCCUGCCUCUGAGUAAUGAUGCUGGUUUGAGUGUUUGCUUAUGUAUUAGCCAGUGUGUUAGUACAGUUCUGUGUGAGGUUAUCUUAUGUGAGUGCUCACAUUGGUGUUUCAGAGUGUGUGCAGCGUGCUGUAGUAUGUGUGGUGUAUGACCACUGACUGGAAGUUUGUAUUUUUGUUCCAGGAAGAGAAUAUGGAGAUGACACUCAGGGGUAGUCUUCAGAGACUAAGGUAAGGUAGUGAAACGCUGUACAAAUGCACAUGCAUACACACACACACACACACACACACACUACUAAGUGUGUUCUCUCUCUCUCUUGCUGUAGUGCUUCCAACCUGGUCCCUCCUCCUGUCAGUCACUGGCAUGACCAUUCAUCAGGGGUGAGUACUCCCACUGUGUUCUGCACGUGACUGUAGUGCUUUGUCAUACCAAAGCAUGGAGAGAGGAUUAAUGGAUGGAUGAUGAAUAAAUAGAUGGAUAAAGAGGCAUCUCACAUUUAUUUAUUUAUUUUGGUCCGCUGUCUUUCACAGGGAUUUAAUUCACAGGACAGUGGUGUCACACCCAAUUCGUCCCCUAGUCCAACUCGAAGGUGGUUUAGGGGGUGAGUUGAGUUCCACGCCGUAUGGCAAACUAAAUUGAGUGCAGAUUCAUUGCUACACUGACACUGUGUCCACACCAACUUAACACAAAAUGUGUCCCCUACCAGGCCUACAGUCAGUUCUACUGUGAGAUGGCCUGCCCUGACUCCACUGAAAAGGAAAGGUAAGAACGGUGCUUCAAGAAUAGUGCUUACUUUGAUCUUGGUGUGUGUGUCUCCUCUCCUUCAUCCUGUUGUUCUGUCAUGUAGGUGGAGUGGAGUCUGAUGGCCCGCCCAAGAAGCUGUUUGUUGCCGGGGUAACAGAUCCUGCUCACCGGACUAGUUACACAGUCAGGUGAGAACUAGAAACACACACACACUCUUGCAAAUAUGGUGCUAGCUGCACCUCUGUUAACCUCUCUUUCUAUUUUUCCUUCUUUCCCCCUCCCCCAGUGUGUCCCAGGCAUCUGCAGACUCUCCUACAGGUGGUGUGUCUGUGUGUGAUGGUAGUCCCCUGUCCCUGUCUCCUCCCCCCUCUUACCACCCCAACAUCUAGACAACCCAACACCAGGAGCCUAUCACAGACCAGGACUACAAUCAGUCAGCCUGUCAGGGCCCUGGAUCCCUCAACACUCCUACCAAAUCUUCAAAGCCCCACCCACCUAGUCCACCUAUCAGAGCCUGCGAAUCAACUCAGUAAGCCUAUCAGAUCCCUAGUUUCUACGCAAUCGGGCUAUCAGGGAUCACUCCUCUCUCUCAAACCAUCAGAGCCUUGGAGAAACAUAUUCCUUGGCUCCUGAAGUAAUCAGAUCUUGAUUUGUAAUCAAGAUAAUAUCUAGAUGUUAUACAAAGACUGGCACCCGUGCUUUGUUAAUCAGAAGGUUGCAGGAAAUGCCCUGCUAAAGGAAGUUGGUGAUCAGGUGACCAGCGCAUUGUAAGGUAGUGUCAGGGUGAAGAGAUUGUGAUGACAAUGUGAAAGCACUUAGAAAAUCGUUUGACUAACUUCUGGACUCACUUUUCGCUGUAGUUGACAUGUGGGUUGUGUUGUGAUAACCAAUAUCAACUAUGGUUGUCAUUUUCCUUGUUGGGAUUUUGUUUAUCUCAUAUCUAGAGGUGUUACUGGUACUGUAAAACAGAACAAGUUCUUCCAAUAGUCAAGAAAAGGCCUUGUCCGAAGUUGUGUUCAGAGGUAACGUUAUAUCCCACUGAACGGGACCCAAUAGUUCAGUAUUCUUUGAUAGUCCAGAAGUUAGAACUCAAACAUGAAACAUUAAGUCACCAGGGCAUCACAGUGGACUGCCGAGCCGGUGGUGGCUUUGAGCUUGUCGAUAUGUGAAUACGCGGCUAUGAGCAGGGCUGCCUUUAUGGCCCCCUCACUUUCUCUGGCUGUGGGGGUUUGUACUGUAAAUAUAGAUUCCCCAAGCAAAGCUCUGCCCAGAGGACCCUCACAAUCCUGGUCCUUAACAGCCCAAUCCUAAUGAUAGUUCUGCAUGAAUACUAGUAACUAAAAUGUUUAGCACAAAUCUGUCAUUGACAUGACAGGGCAAUUCCACAGUAUCAGAGUGACACAAACCACAUUUCCAUCCACAGUUUUUAUGCUAGUAAAGUCAUAUCGUAUAAAAAAAAUUACAACAGCUGUGAUGGUAGCAGGAAGUUUCAGUACAAUUUUAGAAAUGCCGACAGAUAAUUUGUUCGUUCGAUAUGGU